GUGCGAUGUCUGUCUCGCGCAGUUUAGUCGGCCAGAUCACCUCCGGCGGCAUUCCGCGUCGCAUAAAGAUCAAAGACCGUAUGAAUGCGAUGGCUGCAAACGCUCAUUUAAACGAAGCGAUGCUCUCAAACGACACGAAAGAACCUGUAAAACCCUCUUCACCAGCCCCGACGAUACCCUCGAAAACGACAAUAGACCACAAAAACGAAUCUGUCAUGUUACUCAGCCAGACGCAAAUGGCCACCCCGAUGGUUUGUCUCCAGACAUAUCCGGCUUGAUCAACCAACCUAUCCAAACACCGGGAAAUGAAUUUCUCGCAAGUAUGCCGUCGGGGCUUGAUUUUACUGCGUUGGACUGGUUAUAUCCACCAUCCCUCGAACCAGAUAUUACUCUCGCAGAACGACUGGAGUAUCUCGCAUAUUUCACCUCGGCACGAGGCAUGGCGACGUUUCUUGAUCGGGAGACUUUACGACGGAAACAAGAUAUGAUAUCACAAUACUACAACACACUAACGAGCAUAAUCAAUGAGGACUGUGGUCAAGACGAUGGCCUCCUCUCCAAAUCUGCCGAGAUAAUCAACCAUCUAAAAUCUACAGUGACAACCGACCCAUCCACAAUCGUCACGGCAUCUAUUCCCUCCUGGACAUCAGAAACGCACCGCGCAGCCACAGAAUUCUUCUCCCCUACUAGCAUUCGUCGUUUUCUGAUAUUUUUCUGGGCCCUAUGGUACCCAACCUGUCCUUUCGUGCAUAAUCCAUUCUUCGACCCCGCGAAUGCCUCGCCAGCAUUACUAGCCGUUAUGGUGAUCAUCGGUGCAUGUAUGUCUCCAGACGAAGAGGAUGGAAAACGAGCGAGGAAAUGGAUGGAUCUAGUGGAGGUAAUCACGUUCCGACAGGAGUGGUUUACUGAUGCAGAGCAAGCACCUAAACCCAGCUAUGGGAAAUGGAAGAAGAGAUUGGAGUGUAUUCAAACGGCGUAUUUGGUGUGCUCGUUACAGAAGCGCGAGGGCUCAGUUGAGGCGCAGGGGAGGGUGAGACGGUAUAGACAUGCUAUGAUGGUUUCGCUCGCAAGAGAAAUCGGAUUAUCAACGGCAACGCACCCCCGAACCCUCCCAGCACGCGCAUCCGACGAAUGGUGGAGACAGUUCGCAGCUGAAGAGGAGAUGGUCAGAACCUUGAUAUACGUCUUCCUCUUCGACGCCGCCCUAACAAUCUUCCACAAUUCUCCCCCGCGCAUGGUCGUCUCCGAGCUCCGAAUGGACAUGGCUUGCCCGGAGGCCUGUUUCCAGGCUGAGUCUGCUGAGGAGUGUUUAUCUGAACUUGAAAAAUGGUCAGGUAGCGUCUUCUGGCGCGAGAGGUUAUCGGUGGCUUCUGUUGUGCGGAGGAUGUGUCAACCUCAACCCCAGACUGAAGCCCAGGCAUCAGAAACCCUAGAACCAGCCCCAGGCUUCUCACGAAUGGGAACGCUAAACCUCUUCACCACCGUUCAAUGCCUCCACUCCCUAACCUUUCACCUCCAAAACUCCCUCAUAACAAUCCCCUCGCCUUUAACACCGCUCCAAACCGGUCUUGAAAGCUGGCGCCUCACAUGGAACAAGCGAAUACCAGAAGAUUCGCAUAUCCCGCAUCGACCAGAUACAUUGUGGAAACAGAUUGGGUUUGCGAGGUAUGCGCCGGAGUUUUGGCAGUUGGCACGGAUAUUGGUCAUGAGGCUGGCUUCAGGGGAUUUGGGGGAGGCGGAGUGGGGAGAGUUGCGGUUGGGGGUACAUGGGAACGAGGACAUGGGGGGAAGGGCAGGGGAGAGGUAUGAUCAUACGGACAUGGAGGAUGUUAAUGGGUUGAUUGAGGAGUAUAGGAGGAUGAGCUUGGGGGUUUGUAUGUGGUUUCCAUCGAAUGGUAUAUAA